CACGUGCUCUAAAACAUAACCUCACUUUUUUUCUCUUCUUUAAAUCAUUUAAAAUCUCUUUCGCAACUACUUUUUUUAACAUACAAAUUACAAUUGUCAUUAAAUUACACCUUGUCACAAUUGACGAAUUGCAAUAACGUGGAAUGAAUAAGAAAAAUUACGUAUAUUCUCAAUAACGUGGAAAUAAAAGUGAAGAGGGGAUUUCUCAUUUUACAAUUAUAUUCCCUUGCCUGCCGGGAGUGUAUAUUCAGCAACGCGGCCUCAUUUGAGCCACAUUAGAACCGAGCAUAUACGAAAGACGCCGUCAAUGAUUGCGUUCAUGUCUUUCGCGAAAGUUAUCUUUCGCGAUUUGACUCGCGAAACGUAGUCAAUAAAAAAAAAUAUCUUGUCCUUAAAUUCUAACAAAAACAAAUGUAAAUAGUGUGUGUUUUUUUAUGAGUGCAACUUCGCUUUGAAAAACCUGCAAGUUUUUUCUUUUUUUUUGGAAAUAUUCAAUCACGUAACAAUCUAUCUCCUUAUCUACAUCCGCAAUAUUUCUUAUCAAUUUUAAUAUAAAAAAAAAGAAUCAAAUUUAAGAAAAAUUACAACUGAAUGUAUAUAUUGGAAGUGGAAAUAAAUUGUUCAAAGAAGCUGUUAAUAUCGAGGAAGUUGAAAUUGAGAUCAUGAAUGUAGAGGAUUAUGAGAGUUUACCUACAUCGUCUGUGGGAGUUCAUAUGAUUGCUGGUGCCUUCGCCGGGAUCAUGGAACACUGUGUCAUGUAUCCUCUUGACAGUGUCAAGACAAGAAUGCAGGCAAUAACACCUGGUCCCGGAGGAGGUGGAGGAAGUAUUUCAUUAGUCCUGAGUAGAAUGAUGCGACAAGAAGGAGUUUUGAGGCCGUUUCGUGGAGUUGGUGUAAUGAUCGCUGGAGCUGGACCAGCGCACGCUCUUUAUUUUUCAUGUUAUGAAUUUCUGAAAAAUUCAAUGCUCAGCUAUAAUAUGGCAACACAUUUUAAUCCUCUUAUUUAUGGAAGUGCAGGUUGCGCGGCGACUUUCAUUCAUGACGCAGUAAUGAAUCCAGCAGAAGUGGUCAAACAACGUCUUCAAAUGUACAAUUCGCCAUAUCGAAAUAUAAUGAAUUGUAUUUUACAUGUGUAUAAAACGGAAGGAAUUAUCGCCUUUUAUCGAAGCUACACAACACAAUUAAUUAUGAAUGUGCCUCUUCAAAGUAUCCAUUUUAUUGCUUAUGAACUUUCUCAAUCGUUUACGAAUCCACAACAUGAAUAUAAUCCCCUUGCACAUGUUGUUUCCGGGGCAAUGGCAGGAGCAGCUUCGGCGGCGGCCACAACGCCUUUGGAUGUUUGCAAGACACUUUUAAAUACACAACAAGCCGGCGUUCAACCACAGGGAAUGGUCGAGGCUUUCAAAAUUGUCUACAGGUUAAAAGGCGUUUCUGGCUAUUUUCGUGGACUAAAUGCACGAAUUUUAUCUCAAAUGCCAGGUGCUGCUAUUUGUUGGACGACAUACGAAUUUUUCAAAUAUGUUUUGCAACGAAAUAAAGAUAUAAAGCGCAUAACUCCAGAGCCAAGUAAAACGGAGGAUACGCCGAGUGUAUCAGGAUUUCAGCCGCCAAUCACACGAAGUAGUUUUCAAGGAACGGGACUCUAUUUUCAACAGCAAACAUCCUCACCGGUAUUGUUGAAAGUGACAAGGAGUUAGGUGAAUCCUGACGUGUUAAGUAUCCACCUAAAUAGUGAAACGAAACUAAUAUAUUUUAUGUUUCAAAAAAGUCUAUUAUUGGCAAAGUAAUUUUUCUUUCAAUCCAGACGUUGUUACGAUGAUAAAAAUAAGCACACACACACACACAUACAUGUAUAUUUCUUGGAUAGUUAAAUAAUUGAAAAAACAAAAGUGCCAAGUGCAGGUCGCUGGCCCAAUUAGAAGAAAGAAAAUUCUUUUUGUAUCCACUGAGUACAAAAAUAAUUUUUUUUUUGUAAAACUAUUAAUUUUUUUUUUUUUUGCUUUCUUUAAUGUAAAUUAUGCCCUCGAGUAAAUAAUACGAUCGGAAAUAUUGUAAACAGUAUCCACGAGAAUUGUUUGUGAAUAUAUGACUGAUUAAGUCAAUUUUGUAAAUUGCUAUGUGAUUAAAAAGAGUUGCUGUAGAGACAUGUUACAAAGUCUGAUAAAAUGAAAUGAAUUCUUGUUGGAAUAUUUUAUAUAGUUCGAAACUGAAAACAAUAAUUAAAAGACUAUUUCAAGUUUCGUAAUUAGGAUCUAAAUAUUUUAAAUAUAAAUUAGUUAAAUUUCGAGUUGUGUUUUUCAAAAAAAACACUAUAAUCCUGACGGUGAAAAAUAUUUUUUCAAAAAAAAUAAUCUUGUCGUGGAUGUUGUAGAAAUUUGUUGAAAAUAUUGCUGUCGAGUUAAAAAAAGUUUUUGUCCCCUUAUAUUCAACUAAUGUCAUCGUAACAGUAAUUUAAAAAAUGCCAUUAAAAAUUCUUAUGAAAAUAUAAAAAAACAAAUCCUCGAGAUCAAUUAAGAUUUUUCUACUCUUUCAAGUUUCGUCGAGCGUAAAAUCAAUUUUUUUUUUUGCAUGAAAAUCACGAAAGCGAAAAAGAAAAUAUGAAUGGGAAGCUUGUACAUGUUUUUGUAAAAGUCGAAGAGAAAAAAAAGCUUUACUUGACUUCAAA